CCAACCAGCUAGACAGAGAAGUGAAGAGUGUGUGCGUGGGGUAUAUGGGGAAUUAUAGUGAUUUUUUAAACUACGACGAAGAAUCGAAGAAUGGUUAAAAACCCGUAAAAGCGUAAACCCUAGUUGUUUAAAUAGCCUCCAGCUUUCUCCACCUUCGUCUUCGCUCUCUCUCCAACUCUCUCUCUCUUCUCUCUCUCUCUCUCUCUCUUCGGAAACUGCACACACACAGAGGGAGGAAGACAGAGAAAUAGCACGCACGCUUGCAAAAACUCUCUGUUCGAUUCGUCGUUGUUCUCUCUAAACCCUAGAGAACGCGCUUCCUAGGGUUUAGAUUCCUUAUCUGUUCUGAAAAUUUUGAAGUUUGGCAGCUCUGAUCGGAGUUUAUUUGAUCGAGGUGGUUGAUAUGGAUCUUCCUAGUCUCGCUGUUGUGCUCCAAGCUGCUCUGAGUCCGAAUCCCAAUGAACGCAAAGCAGCUGAGCAGAGUUUGGAUCAGUUCCAGUUUGCGCCUCAGCAUCUGGUGAGGUUGUUGCAAAUCAUUGUUGACAACAACUGUGAUAUGGGUGUACGUCAAGUUGCUAGCAUUCAUUUCAAGAACUUUAUUGCGAAGAAUUGGUCCCCUCUUGAAUCUGAUGCCCCAGAGAAGAUAUUGCAAAGUGACAAAGAUUUGGUGAGGGAUCACGUCCUUGUGUUUGUGACUCAGGUUCCUCCUCUAUUGAGGGUGCAACUUGGUGAGUGCUUGAAAACAAUUAUACAUUCUGAUUAUCCUGAGCAGUGGCCCCAUCUUCUCGACUGGGUGAAGCACAAUCUACAGGAUCAACAAGUCUAUGGUGCCUUAUUUGUGCUGCGGAUUCUUGCCAGGAAAUAUGAGUUUAAGUCAGAUGAGGAGAGGACACCAGUUUAUCGCAUCGUUGACGAAACAUUUCCUCACCUUCUCAAUAUAUUUAAUAAGCUUGUCCAGAUUGCCAAUCCAUCGCUUGAAGUGGCAGAUUUAAUCAAACUCAUAUGUAAAAUAUUCUGGUCAUCAAUAUAUUUGGAGAUUCCAAAGUUACUGUUUGAUCAAAAUAUAUUCAAUGCCUGGAUGGUACUGUUUUUAAAUGUAUUGGAGAGACCUGUCCCAGUGGAAGGCCAACCUACGGAUCCUGAGCUUAGAAAAUCAUGGGGUUGGUGGAAGGUCAAGAAAUGGACAGUUCACAUCCUUAAUAGGCUCUACACUCGAUUUGGAGACCUGAAGCUUCAAAAUCCGGAGAAUAGAGCAUUUGCACAAAUGUUUCAAAAGCAUUUUGCAGGACAGAUUUUGGAGUGUCACUUAAAUUUAUUAAAUGUUAUCCGCGUUGGUGGCUAUUUACCCGACAGAGUUAUCAACUUAAUCCUUCAAUAUCUAAGCAACAGUAUUUCAAGGAACAACAUGUAUACUCUGCUACAGCCUAGGCUUGAUAUCCUCCUUUUUGAAAUAGUCUUCCCUCUUAUGUGCUUUAAUGAUAAUGAUCAAAAGCUUUGGGAUGAAGAUCCACAUGAAUAUGUGAGGAAAGGCUAUGACAUUAUUGAAGAUCUGUACAGUCCGAGGACUGCGUCCAUGGAUUUUGUGAGUGAGUUAGUGAGAAAACGUGGGAAAGAAAAUCUUCAUAAGUUCAUUCAGUUCAUUGUGGAGAUUUUCAGAAGGUAUGAUGAAGCUCCUGUAGAAUACAAGCCAUAUAGACAAAAAGAUGGUGCCCUUCUUGCCAUUGGGGCACUCUGUGACAAAUUGAAGCAAACUGAACCAUACAAAUCUGAACUUGAGCGUAUGUUAGUUCAACAUGUUUUCCCUGAGUUUGACAGUACUCAAGGGCACCUUAGGGCCAAGGCUGCAUGGGUUGCAGGACAGUAUGCCCAUAUUAAUUUCUCAGAUCAGAACAAUUUCCGAAAAGCAUUGCACUGUGUUGUAUCCAAAAUCCGAGAUUCUGAACUUCCUGUUCGAGUUGAUUCAGUAUUUGCUUUGCGGUCUUUCAUCGAAGCUUGCAAAGAUUUGAAUGAAAUCCGCCCUAUUCUUCCUCAGCUCCUUGAUGAAUUUUUCAAACUGAUGGAUGAGGUUGAGAAUGAGGACCUUGUAUUUACUUUGGAGACAAUUGUGGACAAAUUUGGGGAAGAAAUGGCACCAUAUGCUCUUGGGCUGUGCCAAAAUUUGGCAGCUGCAUUUUGGAAGUGCAUGAAUUCUGCAGAAGCGGAUGAAGAAGCCGACGAUCCAGGUGCUCUAGCUGCUGUUGGCUGUUUGCGUGCCAUAAGCACAAUCCUCGAGUCAGUGAGCAGGCUUCCUCACCUUUUUGUUCAAAUUGAGCCAACUUUGCUUCCCAUAAUGCGUAGAAUGUUAACAACUGAUGGUCAAGAGGUUUUUGAGGAAGUUUUGGAGAUUGUAUCGUAUAUGACCUUCUUCUCUCCAACAAUAUCAUUGGAUAUGUGGAGUCUUUGGCCAUUGAUGAUGGAAGCACUUGCAGAUUGGGCAAUCGACUUCUUUCCAAAUAUUUUGGUUCCUUUGGACAACUAUAUUUCAAGAGGAACUGCUCAUUUCCUUACUUGUAAAGAACCUGACUAUCAACAGAGUCUGUGGAAUAUGAUUUCAUCUAUCAUGGCAGACAAAAAUAUGGAGGACAAUGAUAUUGUGCCAGCUCCAAAACUUAUUGAAGUUGUCUUCCAGAACUGCAGAGGACAGGUGGAUCAUUGGGUUGAGCCAUAUCUUAGAAUCACAGUUGAACGUUUGCAUCGAACCGAGAAAUCGUAUUUGAAAUGUCUUCUCAUACAAGUGAUUGCAGAUGCUCUUUACUACAAUGCAGCACUUACCCUCGGCAUAUUGCAAAAGUUAGGUGUUGCAACUGAAGUCUUCACUCUCUGGUUUCAUUUGUUGCAACAAGUCAAGAAGAGUGGUGUACGCACUAAUUUCAAAAGGGAACAUGAGAAGAAAGUUUGCUGUCUUGGUCUUACAUCUUUACUGGCACUCCCAGCCGAUCAAUUGCCUGGCGAGGCUUUAGGCAGAGUGUUCCGAGCCACUCUUGAACUUCUAGUUGCCUACAAGGAACAAGUUGCAGAAGCUAUAAAAGAGGAAGAAGCUGAAGAUGAUGAUGAUAUGGAUGGUUUUCAAACAGAUGACGAAGAUGAGGAUGUCAAUGGUUCUGACAAGGAAAUGGGAGUUGAUGCUGAGGAUGGGGAUGAAGCUGACAGUAUGACCCUUAGAAAGUUGGCUGAGCAGGCAAAGUCAUUCCGACCCAAUGAUGAGGAUGAUGAUGAUUCUGAUGACGACUAUAGUGAUGAUGAAGAGUUACAGUCCCCAAUUGAUGAGGUGGAUCCUUUUGUUUUAUUUGUGGAUACAGUCAAAGCUAUACAAUCAUCAGACCCCUCCAGGUUCGAGAACCUUACCCGCACACUCGAGUUCAAUUAUCAAGCUCUUGCCAACGGCGUUGCCCAACAUGCUGAGCAGAGAAGAGCAGAGAUUGAGAAGGAAAAGUUGGAGAAGUUAUCAGCUGCAACAGCCUCUUAAGCAUCUGAAUGUACAUUAAUAGUGUUGUUCCUUUCUCUUUUGGGGUUUUCUCUCAGGUUUUCAGUUUUCGACCCAUUCUUUAGUAGGAUCACAGGGGUUGCCUAUUUAUUUGAGGCGUUUGCUAGCUCUGGUCGCAAAUUAGGUUUUGGGCCUCAAAGAAUUUGCAGUUUUGAAGCGGCCGGAGCUUUUGUUCCCCGUUGACUGGGAAGGAUGUUGCUUUCAAACAACCGUGGGAGUUGACACUUUCUCCAGGUCAUGUCAAAUCUAUUGGUUUUGGUGCUUUUGGGGGGCCAUUCUUUUGGUGGAAUGUGCCCAUUCAAUGGAAAUUAGUUAUGUAAUAUUUGUUGCCUGUCACAUAGAUGGGGAAUGUAUUAGGGUCGCCAAUUUGCCGAAUUGGUAAAAUUUUUUGGUGAAGGGUGGUAUUAAGAAAAUUUUGUUUUUUCGUAAAGAAGCCUUUUCUUUGUCAUAAUUUUUCGGUCAUCAGAUGAGUUAUACAAGCCUCUUAAGGGUGGUUGGAUCAAUGCAGGGUGUAAAACAUUUAUGAUCAAUUCUUCAUUUAUGUGUAAUAUGUUGUGGGAAAAAAAUCAGCUCGAUUUUUGUUUUUUUCGAUCACUUUGUCCCUUGCAAAUUGCAAUGGAGAAAGAUUACACUGGCAGUACAAAAUACCUAAAAUAAUGACAUUACGGUAUUGCCUCA